AACUGAAGCGAUAAGAUACAAAUUCAUAACACUUAAGCUCGUUUAGCAAUACGUAUCGAAUAGUCAGCAACAUGGGUUGUCUUAGUGUACUUAUUAAAAUAUUCUUAUUUAUUGUUAAUUUUGUAGCUGUUAUCCUUGGCCUACUGAUUGUGGCUGCGGGUGCAUUAUUGAUACACUUUAGUCACUUAAUUCAAUCGGAUGUGACAAUCAUAGUUGCCAUAUCGGCAAUCGUAUUCGGUACGGUUUUGUUCUUCAUCGCGUUUUGUGGAUGCUGCGGCUCUAUUGGUGAUAUAAAAUGCUUCUUAAUACUGUAUGGUAUUUUCAUUUUCCUGCUGGCUGCAGUGAACAUAUUCCUCAUAGUUAUACUAUUAUUGAACAGAGACACAUUAGAGACAACAGUUACAAAUACUCUGGAUGACAUAUUUAAAGAUUCGGGUACAAGAGAAACCUUCUACUUCAUAGAAUAUUUGUUCGGGUGUUGCGGUACAACUGGUGGUCAAUCUUACGAACUUAUAGGGCAAACCAUACCACCGACAUGCUGUCAAAAUAAUGAUUUUCCAUCAAUAAAUGACAUAGCCGAUAUAGAGAAUAUAAUAAAUAAUCAGAAUGGUACAGCAGAAUUCUGCGCAGUAGAAGAGACUUACAGUGGAUGCACACCUUACCUGAUAGAUAUAUUGACUACGAUUUCUAACGUGUUUACGUAUAUCCUCAUUGCGGUGGUAGUAACACAGGUGCUCGUCGUGGUGUCCGCUUUCUACUUAGUAUCACGCAUCAAAAAAUACAGGGGAAAAGUUUACUGAAAAUGAGAGGAAGUGAAGUAGAGGGAUAACAGGAAUUUACAUAAAUAAUAAUAGUACUUUUUGCGACUGUCAUAUAAUAAGGGGUAUUAAAACACGAAAGUCGGUUUAUUUAUAUUAUAUAAGGUUGACUCGAGUGUCUUAAUAUCUAAAUUAUAUGCAGUUGCAUACACUACUAUAUCUUCACUCAAUACAACUCAAUUCAAAUUCAUAGGAACAAUUGUAAUUAAACAAAGUAACAAAGAAGUAUUUUGGAAAACUUUUCUGAAAUCCCGAAAACAAAACACGAUCGGCAGGACAUUGUAUGGGAACCAGGAGAAAUUAUUUUCAACCCCUUCUUAUAUUUCAGUCGCAUAAACUACUAUUACGAUACAGCCAGCACAGUAGGUACUAUAUUGAGUUAAAUUUUAAAUUUUAUGUAUGUGCGUUUAUAAAAU